GUAUUCGCACGCUUUUCUUACGUUUCUCUCUCACACACACGCACACACCCACACUCCCACACUCCACCCACCCACGCUGCGUCUUCCGCAGUCUUCAGAACAACGUUGAGACGGAGAGACACGUCAGGGAGAGAGAAGAUCGAGCUGAAGCAUCGAAAAGCCCAAGCUGCGCUGCUGCUGAAGGUUGACCUCGUGAGCAGGGCCGAGCACGAGCAGUCAGGAUGUCCACCAAGGCGCUGCAACUUUGGUCAAGCUUUGUCCUCCUCGCCACCGCUUCGAUAUUGCCGCAACACGCUCGCGCAACCUCUUCUUUGACCACUAACGUCUAAUUAUGCGUCCAGCCUUGCGGAAGGCGGAGAAUGUUCCACCUUGAUAUGCAAUUUCGGAAGCGGUGGUGGAGUAGUAGUUGACGAUGACGCGGGAGGCCAUUACAACGCGACAGCGACUGACGACGACGCGACGGCCACUGACGAUGGGGGUUUCGGCAAUUACAACGGGACGGCAACUGACGACGGCAUCGUGGCCAAUGACGACGAUAAUUUAGAUAGCUCUGCCAACACGGGAGGGAAUUCCGGGGCUGGAAGCUCGUCUCCAAGCGCCAUGCUCACUUAUGCUCUGGGGCUCGCUAUUUUCAGUGUACCGCCUUUUUUGAUGUGCUGCUGUGAAGUUUGACCUGUGGUUCUACGCAGAACUAUCCUGUUUACAACUCUUUCGGCUGCCUUAGAUAUGUAGGUGACGUUCGUUUGGUUUGUUACGUGGUAUGUUUUAUGGGGGCGUGGGUGGGCGUUUGAUCAAAUAUUUCGAUGUUCUCACGGUGGUGUAGGUGUUGGCUUUCAUGUAUAGUUCCACGUGCCCACCGCUGUCGCUCAACAUGUCUUGUACAUUGUGUUCUAUCCGAUGGCACCUGCCUGUGCGCUGUUGAGAUCCCAGUGUCUGCAUCUUGACGGUAUCCACUAUCAACGCUAAACAGAGACCCUACGGACGUGGUGCAUGGCCCUAGAUUGUCAGAUCGCAUCACGACGAGAGUCGAUUGGUUCUAGACAAGGUUUUCACCUGCUGCUCAACCUGCGGGGGGAGAUCUGAGAGCAUGUGACGGUGUCCUACCCAGCGGAGCAUGCCUAUACGGGCACCAUAUUGCACGGGUGUUACUCUUUCCCUCCACAAGGCUGUGUCGCACCCAAGCUUGUCAUCAGGCGACCACACUCCAAUUGGGGGCAGAAACGUGAUGUCGUCCACGAAACUUGUCGUAUU